AUCCAUAUUUCUUUUUAUUUAAUAACAUAACUAUUCAUAAUUACAUUUUUAAAACGUUUCAUCGUCAAUUUUAUUAAAAGGAAAUAAAAUAAUUCAAUUAUUCUUUCUUUUCCGCCUAUAGUCGAGUCCAUUUUCAUAAUUGGCGCGCGAUGUGACAGUCAUGACUGUCACGGGUCGCGUUCCGUCUAUCGUCUACCAUAAAACAUGUGAUCGACAAAGAUCCACACCGACAAGUCAUGUCUUCCAUAACCACAAAGUUAUAUUCCACAUAUAAGCUAGAGGAUAUGGCCCCUGACAGACACUUUAUAGUUCACAAGUUUUUACCCUUGUUUGAAGUAAGUGCAUUUUUCUUUACUCUCAAAACAACACUGUAAAAAAUGCUUUAUAAAAAUACAACGUGGUAGUAAAAUUACAACCACUUUUUGAUCUUGAGUAAGACAAUUUCACUACUCUCAAAAUUGUAAAAAUACAAAAUCUAGUAAAUUAAAAUAUUUCCCUAGCAAUUUUACUACCUGGUAGUAAAAUAGCUAUCUCCAGCAUAGGUCGUAUUCGUUUACUAGCAUGACGGUAGUAAUUUUACAACUGGUCAAAGUUUCGUUGUGAGUGUGGAAUUUUGUGAAAUUACAACCAGUCUUGUAAAAUUAGAUAUGAUAUAGUGAAUUUACAACUACUUACGCAUGGGACGCCAUCGUCGCCAUUUUGAAAAUUUAUAACCGUUUUACUUCAACGGGAGAACGGGAGAUCGUGCAUAACUUAUUUGCGUUUGCAGUCGAAUAAAAGAGUCAUUUCCACGAAAAAGGAUUAUUGACGCACAGAGUAUACCAAUUCUUCUUCAGUAUGGGCAUUUCAAGCAAUUUGUAGAUAUGGACGAACUUCAAACAGAUAAUCAGAAAAACUUAGGUGCAAUUUCAGUUAUUUUUCAGCAUUUUAAUGAAAAAUUUCAGAGCUUAUUAUUAACAUCACCUGCAAGCACAGAUAUUGAAUCUAUAAAACUCAGUGAAGCAUAUCCUACAAUUGUCAUGACAGAAAAAGCUGGAGAAAAUGAUAAUGAUGCAGAGGAUGAAGAGAAAUAUUUUCUUUUCAUGGAUCGUAUACGUGUCACUGAAAUAGACAGUUUUAUAAAUAUCGUAUUUAUACUACUUGCAUCGUAUUUAGUUUUUAACCGAUUAUGGCCACCAGCGGUUAGCUGCUUUCUAGAAUUCCUUCAGAUGCAUGAAGGUUAUAGACGACAAAACCAGAAGCAAAUCUAAAAAAAUUACAGAAAAGGUCAAUGCGUUUUUUAGAAAAUUGGAAAAUUUUUCAUUGGAGCAAUGAAGCAUCCCUAAUUUACAAAUGUAGAUUUAAAGUUUAAAAUACAAAUUAUUUAAUAAGUGUUUCUAAAUUUGUUAAAAAAUGAUCUCAGUAACUUAAUUUGCAUGAUGCAAUUUUGUUGUGCGAAAUGUUAAUCAGAAUAUAAAAAUUUAAAAAAUUUCCUCGUUCAAAAAGUGUUAGGUUAAGUAAAGAGAUGUGAUCUUAAUAUUAUUAAUAACUUAUUCACUUUCUUAAUGUAAUGUUAUGUGUCAUUACACUUAUAUAUUUAAAUAUUAAUGUAAAGAUUCUGUUAAGAACAAUAUUGUUUUUAUUACUGCAAGAAUUGUUGAGGGUAUGCGGGAGGAUAACGCGAAGUAAAGAUGCAAGACACUUAUUGAAAUACAAAAAGGCUUUAUUCGAGAGGUGCUACUCGCUCGGGAGUUCGACUGAAUAUGGUCCUUACAGAUCGGAGUUCGAAACGCCGCUAGGAGCGCGCGAUGUCGUGUCAUCCCCACUCUUAUUGUCGGGUCUCAUCGGAGGACGCUAUACUAGUCUGAAUAUGUGUAGGACUUAGCCUAUCGAAAACGCGAAAAUACACACUAGAUUUCAACACCCCCACUAUUUGAGUGUUUUUGAUGUCUCUCCUUUUCUUACAUAG